AUGACGAACACCAACAUCUGGCAGCGCGCCUUGACGGCAGCGACCGCCACCCUUGCCUUCAUUCCCUCCAUCCAUGCCGGCAUCUCGCUCUCGGUCGACGACGAAGCUUCCAUCAAGGCCGGCGCCGCCAUCGCCGCCAACGACCUCAUGAAACUCUACGUCAACAACGCCUCGGGCACCACGCCCAUCGAGGUCGGCACCUUCGCCAAGCCCAUCUACUGGUGGGAGGCCGGCGCCGUGUGGGGCGGGCUGGUCGACUACUGGGCCUACACGGGCGACGCCAGCUACGUCGCCACCGUCACCCAGGCCCUGCUCGCCCAGAAGGGCCCCGCCAACGACUUCAUGAACGUCGAGUGGGAGAAGGAGCUGGGCAACGACGACCAAGUCUUCUGGGCGCUGACGGCCAUGUCGGCGGCGGAGCAGGGCUUCCCCGAGCCCAGCGCCGCCAGCGCCGCCGCCGUCACCAACCCGCCGUCGGCCUGGCUCGACCUGGCCGUCAACACGUUCAACACGCAGGUCGCGCGCUGGGACAUGGCGACGUGCAACGGCGGCCUGCGCUGGCAGGUGUACGCCACCAACAACGGCUACACGUACAAGAACUCGGUCUCCAACGGCGGCCUCUUCCAGCUGGCCGCCCGCCUCCACCGCUACACGGGCAACGCCACCUACUCCGACUGGGCGACCAAGGUGUGGGACUGGAGCGUCGGCGUCGGCGCCGUCAACGCCCAGACGUACGACGUCUACGACGGCGCCGGCGUCGACCAGAACUGCACCCAGUUCGACAAGACGCAGUGGAGCUACAACGUCGCCAUGUACCUCUACGGCGCCGCCGCCAUGUACAACGGCACCGACGGCGCCGCCCCGUGGGACGCCCGCACCCGGGGCCUCCUCGACAACGCCGCCCGCCGCUUCUUCUCCCCGCCCGCCGGCAACGCCUCCGACGUGGCCUACGAGGCCGCCUGCGAGCCCCUCGACUCGUGCAACACGGACCAGCUCUCCUUCAAGGCCUACCUCGCCCGCUGGCUCGCAAAGACCAGCGUCCUCGCCCCCGACGUCGACAACGGCACCGCCCUGCCGCUGCUGCGCGCCUCGGCCCUGGGCGCCGCCGCCGCCUGCUCGGGCGAGGCCGACGGCACCAGCUGCGGCUACCGCUGGGACACGGGCAGCUACGACGGCAAGGCCGGCGUCGGCCCCCAGCUGGCCGCCAUGGAGGUCAUGCAGGCCCUGCUGGUCGUGGCGCCGGGGAAGCAGGCGGCGGCGGCGGGAGAAUCUAGCAGCAGCGUGGCAGCUGCCGCCGUCAUUUCUUCGACGACGACGACGCCUCUCCCCGUGCAGGCUACGCCGACGACGAUGCUCACCUCGACCGUGUCUUCGACGUCGACGUCGACGACGACCUCGAUCGCGACGACCACUGCGACGAGCACGACGGCCGCGGCCGCGGCGCCGUCGGCCGUCAGCUCCGCUGCCGUCAUGGCGAGGUGGAUCGCGGCUGCGGCGGCGAAGGCACAGCCGGCUGAUGCCAUGUUUUGA